AUGGUGGUACAGUUUGAGGACGCAGUGACAGAAGCAGUGCAGAGUGAUGCAGACCUAGCUGCCUAUUUUUCCUCAUAUCAGGAGGCACGUCGCCGCCUGACAGAACGUGCCAAAUUCAGAGGAUUUUGGCCCGUGAGAAAAGGAGGGAAAAGUGGGGGCAAGAAAGGUUUUGGAAAAGGAGGCGGAAAAGGAAAGUCACUAGCACAGAGGAUAGCUAAUUCUACGUGCAGACUGUGCGGGAAAAAGGGUCAUUGGAAGGCCGAAUGUAGCCUUCGUCAAUCAGCCUCGUCCACUGGCCCUCCAAGUGAUGGAUCAACAGUUCCGAUUUCCAUGGCGGUCGUCGACGAUGUGCCAACAGAGAUCCCGCCCGAGAUCUCCCAUUUGCCUGAGAUGAGAUUUCCCGAGCCUUUGAAUGAACUGAGCAUUCGUGCCAACCACCGUGAGUACAACAAGUCGCAGAAGAAGCAGAUCUCUCGAGAGGUCGUGAGUGCCAUGACUCUGGAAGAGUUAGCCAGCGAGAAGAUCACCUUCGGAGAGUCAAAGAAGGGUAUGACCUAUGCUCAGGCGUUCGAGGACGCACAAUGGACCGAGUUCAUUUUGAACAGGUUCGAGAUGAGCGACAAACCAGAGCACAUGAUGUUUGUGCAGUAUGUCCGUCUGCGCCUGAAGGAUGUCCAGGUGAAGACCAAAACCAGCAACCAGAGCCCCAAGCCGAAAGAGAACAAGAGCAUGCCUCCCGUUCCACAGGAGGUUUGGGAAGAUGUCAUGCCCACGGACGGCUCAGAUCCAGCCGACCUGAUGCACCUGCCCUUCAUUCAGGAGGAGAUGCAAGAUCUACGACAGAGCAACCAGCAUCUGUCCAAUCGAAUGGGACAAGUCGAGAUGAUGAUGCACGAGAUGCUGGAGCACAUGAAGAAGAUGCAGGCUGAUCUGAUCCGGCAUGGUAUGUUUGCAGAAGAGGUGCAUUUGAACAUGACCCUGGACACAAACUUUGACUUCACACAUGAUGUUUCCAACAACAGUUAUCACCGACGAAUCCAACGUAUGGUAAAACAAUUUCAAUCUGAACUUGACCAAGUGAUUCAACAAAAUCAGAAGAACAAGUUUCGACUUCCUCAACUUGAUUUGUUUGAAGUCAUGUGUUCCAGUGACAGUGAACUCACAAAGCAAAUGUCGUCCAUUGGUGGUCGCUCCAAAAGAUUCGGAUUGGCAGAAGGUGACCUCCAAACAGCUGCAGGACGCCGAAGAAUGUUUCAAGUGUUGACCACCCAGAAUCCCAAGAAUCUGUGGUACAGCCCUGAAUGUGGACCCUGGGUGUGUGGACACGGUUCUGUGUGGAAACCGCCUAUAGGUCUUAUGUGGCGGAAUGAAUCACUCCAUGGGUUGCAUGACAUUCUUCAGAAACGUCUUGCAAGCCUCUGGCAGAUCAGCUUAGCCAUUGUUCUGUAUCGAUUUCAGGUGCAGAGAUCACUGCAUUUUCACUUAGAACAGCCGGAUGGUUCCAAGAUGUUGCAGCUCCAACCACUAAGUGAAAUUGGUGAACACACAAGGCUUUGCCGCUUUGACCUCUGCCGCAUGGGCAACUUGACCAAUCCAGAAUCAGCCAUGCCCAUCCGAAAGCGUUUGAACGUAGCAACAACGUCAGAUCCGUUGGCCCGAGCCAUCCAUGGAAAGCUGUGCAAUCCCGAUCACGAACAUCGACAAAUUGCAGGAAGCAUUAAACAUGAGGGAAAGCGUAUGUCAUUGUCCACUUUUACUGAGAAGUAUCCAGCCAAAUUUGAUCGACAGGUAGUCAAGAUCUUGCUUUAUGAAGUUCCAAAGGAAAAAGCCUGUGUUUGCAAUGGAUGA